UCUUCUUUUAAACGUAAUGGUGUUAAGGGAAUGGUGACACAAAGGACAGGUAGUGAUGAAGGCUCGAAGCUUUCCGAAGCAAAUCAUAAUAAAAUGGCUCACGAUUUCAAUGCUCAUGACACGGCAAAAAAAGAAAAGAAACAGCUCAUCGUAAUGGAUCACCAGUCGUUCGUUCGAUACUGGUGCACAACCCCAGACUGCGCGCGUGAGAAGGACUCCUUCGAUGAGAAAACCACGCGCGAGUCUGAUGUGUGGGUCCCCGGGCAGGUCACGUGGUUUUUAGAGCGGCGUCGCGAGGCGUCUGAACAUCUUUCUGCCACUCCUCUGUUUUGAAAGCUGCGUACUGUGUCGGGUGAUCCGCUUCGAGCUGACAGAACACGUUGUUUACAGUAUUUGACAUACACCCAGCAUCAUGGACGGCGGAAUGACGGUAGUUACCAAUCCCACUGUGAAUGUGCGCCUCACAAACACCAUCUCCUCCUUUGAGGUGGCACGCAGGUUCAACAGAGGGAUUAGUAUAGCAGAACUAAAGGGGAAAUUGGAGAUGAUUGUGGGCGCAUCUCCCUCCUGCAUGGACCUGGAGUUGUUCAGUGUCUCUGACAUGUUCCUGCAGAAAAUGGAUGACGGUGAAGCUUUGCUGGGUUCCUAUCCUGUGGAUGAUAACUGCAGAAUACAUGUUAUUGAUAAAAGUGGUCAGAUCAGCGAGUUCACUGAUGUUUCCAAAGUGGAGAAGUUUGAACUACCAGAUGACGCCUAUGAUAAAAGAACGGAUUCAGCAAGGUCAUUCAUGAAGAAACAUGCUGUUGGUCAGUUCAAUGAGGAAGAAAUGGCCAAGAAGAAAGCUGAGGUUGCUGCUCGGAUGGCUGAGCAGGAGGCUGCUGCUGAUGCUCUAUCUGUUGGCAGCAGAUGCAAAGUGCAGGUCCCUGAGCAACCCAUGAAGCUGGCCACAGUCAUGUAUGUUGGUACAACUGAUUUUAAGCCAGGCCACUGGGUUGGUGUGAAGUACGAUGAGCCCCUGGGAAAACACGAUGGAACCGUUGCCGGAAAGAGAUACUUUGAAUGCGAGAACAAAUAUGGUGGAUUUGUGAAGCCCCUGAGUGUGACUGUGGGAGACUUUCCUGAGGAGAAUUACGAUUUAGAUGAGAUGUAGGACUGUAAUGUGACAAAGGUGGCAGAACCUCAAGAUGGUUCUUUCACCAACCAGAGAUUGACGUUGUAAUUUCAAUUUGUGUUUUGUGCAACUCUAGAGGCUAUGUACUAAAGAGUGGAGUCAAAAGGUCUUUUGGUUUAAGUUCCCUCUCACUAACGCCAACCCAACCUGAUAGAUGUGAAUGUCAGGUAGUACAUCUUUGUGGGAUGAAUAUGAUGAUAAUAGUUCAGGAUAUUUACACUAACAAGGUUUACAUGUAAACAGCAUAAUCAACAUAUGUGGUAUUUCACUUCAUGCACUUCUGUUCAAUUCAGUUUACUUGCUCUCGUAGUACUUAUUUUCAACAUGGCAGUUUUAUAUUUCAUCUUAAAAAGUCUAUAGAAACAGUUUAGAUAACUUAAUUUCUCCUCCAUUUAGUUGGUAUCAGUUUGAACAAAGAUGAUUGUAUAUAACUGUUUAUAACUGGAUUUUUUUGAAGACUGUUAGUGGUCAAAGGAAAAAGCCCCGACAUUGAUUACAAACUGGCAUUGUACCGUAUAUUCCAGACUAACAUGGCAUCACAUGCAUACCUCCAAUUGGGUAAAACUGGAGAAACAUUUUCCAAUCAAUGAAUAAAAACAGUGCUUAAUAGUCAAACUCAUUCCACCAUAUUUCGCUCAUUUUUGGCAGACAAUACAUUUACAGUUGAGGAAAGAACAAUAAAUCUCCAACAGCAGACUCGAUAGUCCGCAGAGCAACAACGCUGUUUAAAGCUACAGUUGUGCACAAAGUCUGUAAUAUAUUUGUCAUUUUCAUUCAUUUUGUGCUAUGUAAAACACAAUUUGUAUGUUUCUAAAUGGAAAUAAUGUGCUAUUCCCUUUCCCUGAUUAAUUUCCUCUCGUUAAAAAUUAAAUUGUUUGCAGUUGAAUGUGUCCUGCUUAUAUUGAAGUAUAACAUUUGAAAUGGUAUGGCUUAAUCUUACAAUUGUGAUAUUUAAGUGGGUUUGAGCAAAUGCAAUGUAUUAACUUGCGCUUCAUUUUAAUUGAGAUCUCCUUUAUAUGGGUGACAAACACCAAGAAAAUAUUUAAUAAUUAUGGAGUGAUGAUUGAAAAUGACCUGUAAAGGAAUUUGAUGCCAAAUGGUGUUUUAAAAAAGUCCUCAAUCUAAUACUAAAUGUGGCUAUUAAUUUAAAAUAACAUUACAUUUUUAGUGAAACCUAAUGGAGCUAGGUCUGCAGUUCCACUUUAGCAUGACACAUUUUAUGCAGUUUAAUUGCAAUCUUUGUUGUCACUUUUUAUUCAUCAUAUAGUAUUGCAGUUUGUUGAUCCGUUGGGUGGCUUAAGUAAUGUUCAUAUAACGGGAAGUUGAAUUCUAAAGUACACAUGUUUCUCAUCUGUUUAAAAUGUUCUCAUAUUGUUCCAUUAUAUGUAUAUAACAGGUUGGCUAUCAAAGACAUAUUUGAAAACACAAAAAAACAAACAUGAAAGGUUCACUCCAGUUAACUGACCUCUCCAUUAUAAUCACAACACACUGCUUUUGAAAAUGAAUGACAUGCCUUAUUUAUGUUUUUAUUCAUGUUACUUGUCCAAUCAUGUGACACUAUUGCAACUGCAACAUGGUUUUUCAUAAUCUGAAGUUUACAGAAGAAAAAUAGAAUAAUUAUCCUUUGUGGUUUCUUUUCAAUGCAAUGCCAUUACUUUUCUUUAGCUUUACAAACUGUUUAUUUUCCAAGGUGCUGGUGUUACUAUGUGCUAAAGAGUAAUGCAUAUUAAUAAAAAUGAUUUGCCAGUU